UUCCCCACUCGUCUCAGACGAUAAGGGGCGGGGCCGCUCGGCUACAUUUAGCUCCAAGCUAGUCAAAAAGCUAGCCUCGCUGUGUAACCUACCAGGUAGGGAAAAGCAAAACACUGAAUCGCCGACGCGAUUGGGCUACAAUAAAAACCCUAGCGUUGCACUGUGAUCCUUUUCGGGAGGGGGGGUCUCUCGAAAAAAACGAACUGCGAGUCAGAGUUCAACCGGGAGUGGCGUCAAAGCGCUAAAAGCGUCGUUUCUGAAGAACUGAUCGCGCUCUGCAAACUUCUGCUUGUUGUGAACAGAACCCUGCUGGUCACCAGCUCUCCCUGAAGAGUAUGAGCCUGACUACCGAAACUCCCAACGAUGGCCCCAGCGUUACAGAAGAGAGUAAGCAGCCUGCGGCCGAGAAGAAGGACAAGAAGGCGGAUGAUGUAGCCGAGGAAGAUGAGGAGGAAGAGGAAUACGUGGUGGAGAAGGUCCUGAAUCGGCGGGUGGUCAAAGGGAGGGUGGAGUACCUCCUCAAGUGGAAAGGAUUCUCGGAGGAAGAUAACACAUGGGAGCCAGAGGACAACUUAGACUGUCCCGACCUCAUCGCAGAGUUCCUCCAGUCUCAGAAGUCGGCGCACGAGGGCAAACGAAAGGCGUCCGCUGAUGGAGACGGGGAAGAAAGUAAAUCCAAGAGGAAGAAAGAUGAUACAGAGAAGCUGAGGGGCUUUGCCAGAGGCUUGGACCCAGAGAGAAUCAUCGGAGCCACCGAUUCGACGGGAGAGCUCAUGUUCCUCAUGAAGUGGAAAAAUUCUGACGAAGCAGACCUGGUUCCGGCGAAGGAAGCCAACAUCAAGUGUCCGCAGGUGGUCAUUUCUUUCUACGAGGAGCGGCUCACCUGGCAUUCGUACCCUAGCGAAGAUGAGAAAAAAGAUGAGAAAAACUAACAAAACAAAAACAAC